CAAUAAGAGACAAUCUUGCUGGGAAUAAAAAAGAAAACAAUCGGUUUCGAAUCAUUUCUUUCGACCUUGUCUGUAAACCUGUCACUAACAGGAAAACAAUUGAAGAAUUUUCAUUAUGACCAAUCGAUAUAUAGUAGAGCAAGUCUUUGGCUAUUUUGGGCUUGUAUUCUGGUCAUUGCAGCUGGCUCCACAAGCAUAUAAGACAUACCGUCGAGGCACAUCUACAGGUGUGUCCGUUUGGAUGAUGCUCAUUUGGUCCAUAGCAGGUGUUUUCAUGGGAGUAUAUAAUAUUGGGCUCGAUGUGUCGAUUGGUCUAUGGAUACAGCCUCAAAUCUUUACAUUUAUAUCAUGCAUUUGUGUGUUUCAAGAACUUUUAUACCAACAUCAAUUGCCACAAUGGACUGUCUAUGUGGGGUUCGUGAUUACUUGUGUCCUGUUAGCUGCUUUAGAAGUAGGUCUGGUAUACGCGUACAAGCGUGCCGAGCAAGUCGGCAUACAAGGUGUAUUGACUUUGUUCGGUGUUCUGCCUGUCAUAUUUAUUCUGGCAGGAUUUUUACCGCAAUACUACGAAAUUUUUCGCAAAAGAAGAGUAGUGGGUGUUUCACAUAUAUUUUUGGCGAUGGACUUUUCAGGGUCAAUAUUUUCCAUUAUAAGUUUAGUCUUUCGUGAUGUAAUAGACUAUCUUGAUUUGGCAAAUUACAUAGCUAUUGCCUGUUUCGAUGUGGGGAUACUUUUACUGUAUUACGUCUUUGAAUGGUAUCAGAAAAGACUACUGACAAACAAAGAUGUAUACGAAGAUUAUAAUGAUACUGAAACUGCGCAAGAUGACAAACCAUCACCAAACUCAACGCAACCGUGAUACCCACCGUUCUAUGUUCCUUUUAUCAAGGCUUGAAGCCGGGCUAGAGCUUUUAUAUGUAUAUUAAGACUUGAUUCAAUAUUACCCUUUGAACAGAAAGAAAACUUUGGAAACUAUUGAAUAAAAAUAACUGUAGGCGAUAAGCUUUACC